GUCCCAAACAUUUCCGCCGGGGCAGCGGCUAGCGGUGGUAGAGGUGCAGGUGGGCUCCCGAGCUGGAGCAGCGCCCGCUCGGGGCGGAGGCUGCCGGGGCACGUCCCUGUUGCGGUGGCGAGUGGCACAAACUCCGUUCGGCUCGCCUGCCCCGGGCGUGCAGCGGGAGCCAUGCCCGGCGUGCUGCCCCGGACGCUGCCCGCCUCCCUCGGGCGGGGCUGCCUGGGCCGCUGGCUGCUCGCCACUCGCGGGUGGGCGCUCCUGGGGGCCGGCGCCGUGCCCUGCUCCUGCCCGAGGUGGCGGCUCCGGCCCCCGCUGCUGCUCAGGGCCGCCCGGCAGAGCUUCGGGACGCAGGCGGGAGGGCUGAAAGCUGCAAAACCUGGCGGUGAUAACAAAGAUGUGACCGUGCAAAGGGCGCUGAACGAGGAAACACUGGUGUCGGCGGCUCAGAAAGUGAAAGAAGCUGGAAGAGACUUUACCUAUUUUAUUGUGGUGCUUGUUGGAAUUGGUGUUACAGGUGGUUUGUUCUAUGUGAUUUUUAAAGAGCUAUUCUCUUCUUCUAGUCCAAAUAAGAUCUAUGGAGAUGCCUUGGAGAAGUGCAGAUCUCAUCCUGAGAUAAUUAGUGUUUUUGGUGACUCUAUCAAAGGCUAUGGAGAGGCAACAAGAAGAGGAAGACGACAGCAUGUCAGUCACAUUGAAUACAUAAAGGACGGACUGAAACAUAUGCGUUUGAAGUUCUAUAUUGAGGGCACUGAAUCAGGGAAACAGGGAACAGUCCAUGUGGAAGUCAAAGAGAAUCUUGAAACAGGAAGAUUUGAGGUUCGCUACAUAUUUGUGGAUGUUGAGACCUAUCCGAGAAGAACCAUUGUCAUAGAGGACAACAGAUAGCCAACGAUCAAAGCUGCUGCCGUAUUUCACAUUGGAAGAUGUCGUUGUAACCAGUCUACAUCUGGAUUGUGUGGUGUUGCCAAUUGUGUCUCACAGCUGUGUUAAGGGAAGUAGCCUCUCAGGGCCUCCACUAAAGACUCUUGAUAAUAACAGAUAUGUGAUUUAAAGUGAAACCAAUCAAAUAUAGCAGAACUAUCAUGGCAGAUAUUCUUGACAUAGGAAAAUAAUGUCUCCUAAUAAACAGUAUAAUGCUGGAUAAUACUGCUGCACCCCCAAAACCCGAGUUUUCCAAGGUUUUGGGUUUGGAUGGAGUUUUUUUGUCUUCUUUGGCUUGGAUUUCCCACUUCCACUGCAAUAAAGAAAGGGAUAGUUUAACUGUAGACAGAACUCUACUGUUUUCAUUUUGGAUAGCUUUGUAGGUAAGAAGGUAAAAUGUUAGUGAUGCAAAAGAGGUCUGGACAUGUAAGGAUAGGAAUGGUGGAGGCAUACACCCAUGACAAACAACUGAAGAUAAAGACUUCAGUAUUGGUGUCUUCUAAAUAAAUUACCAGCAGAAUAUCACUACUAUCUGCUCUUUCCAGUGUUUGCCAUUCUGCUCCACAUGGUUGUAGCAAGGUAGGGGUUGGCCUUUUCUCCCAGGCAUCUAGUGACAGGACAAUAGUACAUGGCAUCAAGCUGUGUCAGGGGGGAUUUGGAUUGGACAUUACCUUCAAAAUAUUUUGAAAACCACAAUAUUCCAUUUAAACUUCUCUCUUUCCCACCAUGUCUGCAUCUACAUGUUAUAAACACACAUAUGGUGUUUAUCAGGGCAUGUCUUUGGUCUGUAAACUGUUCCACAUUGUUUUCUUUUACUGCCUGCAUCACCUUGCUAGCUAAGCAGAUUUACCAGGAUGCUUCUGUAUAUUUCAUGAAUGGGAGAGACAGCUGUGAAGGACAUCACUUCUCCUCUGUUGUGGAAAAGCUGAGAAUAUGGUUGAUAGAAUGAAGACAAAAAGUAGCAGAAGAAAUCCACCUUUAUCUGACUUUAGAUGUAUUGGUGUUCUUAAUUUGAACAAAUGACAAAUACAAGGAUCAAAUGCUUUCCAGUCUCACUGGAGGAAAGCUUUUUGGAAUUAUUUUUUAGGAACACCUCAUCAGUGAGGAAAAAAAAAAAAGUCAUAGCUUGAUUUAUCAGCUUUGUACUAGCUAGAUACCUAUCAUCAGCAAGGGUAUUUAAUCCCCUUGAAACUUCAGUAUUACAGCUCUGGGAACUGAUAACUUCUUUCCAUAUUCCUCCUGAGGCUGAAGUUCUUUUGGUUUUUGUGAACUGGGCUGUCACCCAUGCUUACAAAAUUUUCUUAAAUUCUGUUUUAUACAAACACAUACGGAGACAUUUUAAUCAAAAUUAGGUGAGGAUUAGCUGAAUAAGACAUCUGGAAUAGAGAACUUUGAUCUCUUGUGUAAUAUCACCUUUCCUGGUGGUAGUUUGCACUGGAGGGGAGCAGCUGCAUUCACUGAGAUUAAACAUCAUGUUUUAGACCCCCCCCUUUUUGUAAUUCUGAAGUGUGUUAUCCUCAAUUUUCCUUAUGAAGCUGCCACUGUUUCACUGGAUCAUUGCACUACCAGUAAGUCAUGCAGAGAUCCUUCUCCAUGGCAGGGAGCUCAGUGUUCCAUCCUCUCGCUGGAGGAUGUUAGGCUGGAAAGACAGUAAAAUAACUGAAAGGUUCACCUUCAGUUGUCGGUAAACACAAGCAGGAACCAUUUCACUGUUUCCUUUUUAAAGCUCUUGCUUCAUUUUCUCUUGGGAGAACACAAAAUUUACAGCAUGUGCCAGUUACUUUCUCAAGUAAAAGUGUCAUGUUAAUAAAACAUUGGGAAAAAAAUCACUGCUAGCAAGUCAGAGCCAAAGGGAUGACAUUUUCAUAGAAAUCAAACACAUUUUCCAGAGUUCAGUUUUGAUUGUUGCAGAAUUAAUAAAAAUACAUGUUCUCAAAACCCCUCUCUCCUUUAGGAAAUGAAAAUAUGUCACUCACCAGUGAAAGGUUGUUUUUCCAGAAACACUGUGGCAAACCAUUCCAAAUGUGUUUUAGGUAGGUGUACAACUUAACUUUCCCAUAUCUACAUUAAUUGUUAUGGAUGCCAAAACCUGUGUAUGCACCAUAGGCAGCCAAUAUCCUUAGAGGUGCUUUGUGGGAAUAAUGCUACUGUGUCAUCUCUGACCUGUGUUUGAUUCUAGGUCCUUUGUAUACUUCCUGUACAGCGACAGAAAUAUCCCUCCAGGAAAUUAACUCAGUGGAAAUUUUAAAAUAUAAAAAAAGAGAAAGUAUUACUCUUUCAAUAAGCUUUGAUAAACAGAAGCUCUUGCAAAGAGCUAGUAUGCAGGGAAGCAAAGGUGUUGUACAUGACUGAGUUUAAAAAUAACCUUGAUACCUAAAUAUCUUAUGCACGGAAUUCAAGUUUCAGCAACUGAUUUAGGCAGUAGAGUCGUGAUCUUAGAAAUGGUUGCAAAUAAAUGCAUGUCUGGUACAAGAAACUUUAACAAACUCACUUGACGAGCAAAGAAGACAGUAAUGUGCGUAAGACAAUUAUUGUACCACGUGCCAGCUGCAGAGAUAAAAAGCCAAAGAAAAUGUGCUGGGGGUUUCUACAAGUGAUUUCAAUUCACUUUGCUCUCAGUCUCAUUCAUUAUCACAAUGGAUGCUAUUCACCCUAAUAUUUGUGGGAUUAUUUCAAUAUGUAUAUAGUCAGCAACAUAAAGUGCUGUAGAUAUGCCCAAAAAACAUUGAGGACAUGUUUUGAGUCCAAGCCCACUUUUAGGAUUCACUGCAGCUUUUAAACUGACAGAAGUACAUAAGGCAAGUGCAGAGACUGGGGAGAAUAUUUAAAAGGAAAAAAGUUUGAAGGAGCAAGCUUAAAGGUGACAGUAAGGGCUCAUAACAGGUCUCUGUAUAUGGGGUUGUGAAGUCUGCUUGAAGAUCUGGAAUACAGUUGGCACUGGAAAAACAAAAAUUUGAAAACAAAAAGAUCUUCCCUCUCUUUUUUUGAGAGGGGAAAAAUUGUGUAGUCCCUAGAGAGAUGUUCACUUGCUCUGGUAGAAAUUUUCCUUAGGCAUGUGGGAAUGUAUAUCAUUAUGAUACACAGUGAUUCCAAACAGUGCUAUAAGUAAUUGAAUAGCAGAAGUAUUUGAUAGUUUUUCUUAGUAAUUUCUCAGGGUUUUUUAUUCUGUAUGUGUAAUGUAAAAUAAUCUAUUGUAAUUAUAGAAAAAUAUGAAUUAAUACCAUCCUGUAUUCAAAUUCAGUAUAUUUUUAAUGAUAUAUAGUUAAAAGUUGAAAAUAUAGCAAAAAUGUUUCACAAUUUAAAUGAAACAAAAACAAAAAAGCUUUUUUGGAAUUAUUCCGGUUGUCCUGGGAAGAAUAUUUGAUUCCUUUCAUCUCAUAUAGGUUAUUGUGGAACAUUUGUAACUCAGCAAAUAAAAAUAUUAAGCACAGAUACCCAUUUCAGUAAAA